CAGGAGGCAGCACCGCCUGUUGUAAUUAGGACGCUCAUUGGCGGGAGCGAUUUUGCCGCUUCGCAUCGGGAGAGGCCGCUGCCAUCGUGCCGCCCAUGCCCGGCUGGAGGAGCCGCUGCCCGCAGAGCACGGCCGAGCCCGCCGCCUGCCCGUUCUGGGCGAUGCUGGGGCUCCUGGCCCAGGAGCCCGGCAUGGGGUGGCUGGCGGAGAGUCUCUCCGAGCGGGCGGCCCCGCGCUCGCCGCCCGCCUCGAGCCGCAGCAGACGCGGUGGCCGCUGGGCAGCUGCAAGCAGCGUCAGCACAAGCCCAGGUCCUGGUGCGGCUUCGGGCCAGGCGAGGAUGCGGAGCCCGAGGGAGCAGUGGGGCUGCCUCGCAGCGGGGGGAGAAGCCGCAGCGGAACCGGCGUUAGGAGACGCGCCAAGCGGUGGAUGCAUUUCUGGACCUCAUAUAGGAGAUGGACCUAGCCUUGUCUCUGAGCAGCAUAUGUUGGGCCCUUGGCCCUGGAAGGCCUUGGAUUUGUUGGAGCGUUCAGGAGAUGCCAGAAUUUGGCAAGCCUACCAUGCAGGCCUGAUGCACUUUUUUCUCUUCAGAGAAGAGAUGGGAAUGCCUGCAGUUUGGCCAGUUCCAGAGGAUCAAAUUAGAGGGUUUAUGGUGGCUAUGGAAUCACAAGGCUUGUCCUCACCAAAAAUACUGAUGUACUUGGCAGCACUGUCCUAUAUCUCCAAAAUCACAGGUCACCCUGAUCCUCUUCAAGAUUUUGUAACAUGUCAUAUGGUGGCAGGGUUGCAGUGGAGGGAAGGUAAUCAAAGAUAUUGCAGAUCUCAUGUAACCAUUGAGGUGUUGCGAUCUCUCUUGGGCACAGUACAAUCUGUGUGUAGCUCUCUUUAUGAAUGUUUGUUGUUCCGUGCCUUGUUUACUGUGGCUUUUUUUGGGGCUCUUCGGGUGGAAGAAGUGGUAGCAGAACACCACAACUGGGCACAGCCAGAGCUCCUGUACAUGAGUGAUGUCCAGCUGACUGAGGAAAGAGUGAACAUUUACCUGCAUACAUCCUACCUGGGCCAAGAAAGGCUUUUGAUCUCUCUUGGAUUAUCUAGCGAGACAUGGGUAUGCCCUGUUGAGGCACUGUGCAAUUACGUGGCAGCCAGGCCACGAGGGGACGGGCCUCUUUUUGUACAUUGGGAUGGUACACCAUUGACAAGGAGACAGUUCUUGGCUGUCUUCCGUUCUGCUUUAAGGUUACUUGGCCUUCGUCCAGAGCAAUAUGGUGUACAUUCUUUCUGGUUGGGAGCUGUUGUGACUGCUGUACGCUAUAGAUGUUCUGAAGAAACUAUUCUGCGCCUGGGCAGGUGGCAAGGUAUCCACCCAAAGAGGAGACAGAAGUAGUCAACCACAGAAGCCAAAACAACAGCUAAUGUUCUCUGGUCUAUUCCACUUGCUGAUGCAGUAUUGUUUCCUCACAGUGUGUGAUCUAGUGCUCUGAUGCAUUAACUUUGAAGUAAUGGAGCAACUUUUUCAGAGAACAUUCUAGUUAAUUGACAUUUCUUGAGUUUGCAGUGUGCUGCCCUCUGCGUUUGUUUAUAAGCUAUGUGUGUUGGGGAUUGGACUUCAUGUCUCUUUGCAAAAUUUACUUGCAAGAAUUGCUUACCUAGUAAAGUCUUCAUGAUCAAUAAACUUGCGGUUCAAUCUCUUUUCAAACUUGUCUGGCCUUCAUUGUGGCAGGUCAACAAACUGUUUCUAUGCCACAUCUCAGCAGGAAAUAAACUAAGUCUUGCAGCCUUACUGCUGUUAGACUCAAUGGUAUAUUUAAUUGGGACAUGAGGACAAACAAUCUUGUAUAUUGGGAUUGCAAGCAGUAUAUUGCUAAACUGAAACUUCCUAAAUGGAACUUUAGGCAAAGUGUACAACUUGUUAGGUCAAUUAUACAAAUUAUAGAUAAUGCAAGAACAAGAUAUGUUCAAUGAAACUAAAAGGAGAAAUUCAGAACAAUAGCUUAAAUAAAAGGAUGGCAGAAGACUGGAACUUGCUGUCACUAAAACUAACUGAGGGCAAGAACUUAACAUGAUUCCAGAAGGUAUUAGCUGUCUAUAGGGAUAUCCAAAGUGUGCAUAACUGACUACAGACUGUUUUUUAGCAACCCUUCCAAUAGCUAAUAUCCGUCUGAGACCUAGAUGGGGUAAAUAAUUCACCAAAUUCUACCAAAAGUUUAAUUGCCAAUAGUCAGUGUGACGAUGUAUCUCACCAGGCUUUAUGGAAAUAUGCUUAUGAAGAUAUAUAUGACCUAACUGGAAUAUGUGUUGUUACCUAUGCCAUGUAACAUCUCUGUAAAGGUUAUGAUCUACUGAAUACAUUCCUCCUAUAUGUAUGCAUGUAUCAUUUUUGUACUUGAAGUUACGAAUAUUGGCUGUAUACUUGCUUGAUUUCUAAGUACCCUUAGUAGAGCAUUUGGUCAGCUUCUUGCGAAAGCAAUGGGCGAAUUAAGUGCCCAGUCAAGAAACAAUUAAAGAACAAUGAAUCUUGGAAAGCUCCAAUCCACAUAAGAAGUCUACCUGAGGCCGUUCAGGGUAGCAUGUAAACAAUGGCUGCUGCCUGUAAAAACUGAGUGGCAAGUCACAUGUCCGUGCAGGAAUGUGAUUCCAAAACGCCAUCUUGGAGCGGGACUUUGCAUAGGAGAGAGGAGGGGGUUGCCACCCACAAGAGUCUAAACCCCUGGGAGACCCCUCCAUUUUGUCUUCAGCUGGCUCAAGAGAUAGGUAUCCUUGGGGGUGGAGAGGCUGAGAGAAACUGGAACAAAGGACAGUAGCUACAGGGGAUGUGAGUGAUUGCUGGACCCAGACUAGGAGACUAGUCUGUAAAAGGAAGCUUACUAGAACACCUCUGAGGUUGAGAUUUUAUCUGUAUUCAGUUUGCUUACUGUAUUAGAGUUGCAUGUUCUAUUUUAUUUUGCUUGGUAAUUCACUUAGUAAGACAGAACAACUUGGAACCACUUAAAUCCUACUUUCUAUAUUUACUAAAAUCACUUAUUAAUUAACCCAGAGUGUGUAUUAAUACCUGGUGGGGGCAAACAGCUCUGCAUAUCUCUCUAUCAGUGUUAUAUAGGGUGACCAAUUUGAGUUUACCCUGUAUAAGGCUUAUACAGGGUAAACUGGACUUAUCUGGGGUUUGGACCCCAUUGGGAGUUGGGCAUCUGAGUGUUAACUGAAAGCAGCUUAAGAAGUGUUCCUGUCUUUAAGUCUAUAGCUUUGGGAACUGUGGUUCAGACCCUGGGUCUGUGUUGGAGCAGACAGGGUGCAGGAGUCCCAAGCUGGCAGAGAAAGGAGGGGCAGAAGUAGUCUUGGCACUUCAGCUGGUAGUCCCAAAGGGGUUUCUGUGAUCCAACCACUUAAGGCUGAGAGUUCAGAGAAUUUAACUUCCAGUAUCCACUUCAGGUCUCUCCACCAACCCUUUGCCUCUUGGCCAGAGAAGGUGAGGUUACUGUUAGGACUGAGCUGUCUUCAAUAUUGCUAAAGAUUAGUUAACAUGUACCGAACUACAAACUGGGAGCAUUAACUAAUCCUUCAGUAAUCGUGAAGAGCCUUUCACUGGGACACAUGGCAAACUCUUCAUAGGGCUGGAAUUGAAAACUAGGUGGAAGACUGGACUCCCUGCUCUGGCCCAUUUAAUCAGAUGAAGAGGCAGAAGUAGCAUGAAGGUAUUUAAAAGCCCUGGAUGUGGCAUUGAGGAACUUGACUAUAAGGUUGUCUACCUAGGGGCAGUUCCUGUGUAGAGGAGGCUGUGGCCUGCCAAGAUUCAAGACACUGCUUGGCCCACAGGUAGCUUCGGGUAGACUGCUAUAACUUGGGCAGCUUCCCAGGGCUGUCUAAGGUCAUGCUAGAGCAGCCAAGGAGUAGGACCAUACAAGAGCUCCCAUCCCCAUAGUUACAAUUUCUGCAUAUCUCCUAAUGAUGUAGUACUGAAUCUUAUCCCAAACUGGGAUCACACUGUAGUAUGGGAGAGGCUUUGGGAAGCUUAUUCUCCACCCACCCCCCCCACUCCUAACCAAACCCAUUUUUAACCAAUACAGAUAUCUAGAUCCCAAGAUGCUAUCUACUGGUUGCUUCCACUUCUACUAUACUGCCAUCUUAAACAUUAAAUAUAAGCUGUUACUUAA